AUGAGGUUCUUAUCUAAUUUGUCGUUUAUUUCACUUUUCUUUGUUAUUUUGGCCCUUUUGAGUUUGAAUUCUUUCACUGGUUCUAGUUUGGCCUUGGGAAAUUAUCAAGAGUUUUCAUUUAUUCAGUCUGGUUCUGGACUUUGCAGUAGACUCAGAAGGCGUUUAUGCUGCUGUUCUUGUGGUAGUAGUAGUAGUAAUAGCAGUGAUGAUGACGAAGAAGAAGAAGAAGAAGAGGGGGGGAGGGGGGCUAAUAUUAGUCCCCCAUUUAACUUUGUUCACCUUGAGUCUGGUACCGGUUUAAUAAGAGGGCGAGAUGGAGCUAUCAUUACAGGGUCCAAUAGUCAGAACGGCAAUGGUCAAGGUGAAGGCUCAUCAGGCUCAUCAGGCUCAUCAGGCUCAUCAGGCCCAUCAGGCCCAUCAGGCCCAUCAGGCCCAUCAGGCCCGCCGGGACGCAAUAAUGACGGAUUUGAAGGUGAAGAAGAGGGAGAAAGUACAUGGCUCUAA